AUGUCAUCAACAGAACAAUCAAUGAUUGUGCAAUCAAAAUUUGUCUCAGGAGAGACUGCGAUGGAAGCAUCAUUGAUACAGGGUUGGGUUAAAGCUGCACGAAUUGUAGCACUUCUUAACAAGGGAACUACUCAUGCAUUGGUCAUUUUAAUUACUUCAAGAACACCUCCUCAAGUUUACAGUGAUCUUACCAUAGAAAGAGUAUUGCCUAUUGAUCAAGAUUUUAAAUGCAAUAUAAAUACAGAUGAAAGACAACAAGAUGGUUUAGAUGUAUAUCUCAAUGUCAUAUCAAGAAAAUUACAUUUAAUAUUUGAAAUGAGGCCUGGAGUAGUAACUAGUUCCUUAGUAUCUGAAAUAUUUAGAGCUAUAGAAGUGUAUCAAAAAACAAAAAGUUCAGCAUCAGAAUUUUUAUGGGUUCAAAAAUUAACAGGCAGUACACGUAACUUAACUACCAACACCAAUGAAGAAAUGCAAGAUAAUACUGAUCCUCUAGUAGAUUUGGAAAGUCCAAUGUUAGUUGUAACAAGACGCAGCAUUGCCUCUGGUAAAUCACCAGUAGCUGCCAGGGAAUCUGCAGUAAAAUACCAAAUGGCUUGCAAAGAGGAUGAUUAUACAUACAGCAAAACUUUUCGUAUAUUUAUUGGCACAUGGAAUGUAAAUGGCCAACCACCAAAUGGUAUUGAAUUAUUUGAAUGGUUGUGCUAUGAUAAGACACCCCCUGAUGUAUAUGCAAUUGGAUUUCAAGAAUUAGACCUAACUAAAGAAGCAUUUCUUCGCAAUGACACUCCAAGAGAAGAGGAAUGGAGAAAAGUUGUGGCAAAAUCUCUUCACCCAGAUGGUGUGUAUGAACAAGUAGCUAUUGUAAGAUUAGUGGGUAUGAUGUUGCUUAUAUAUGCAUUAAAUAGUCAUAUACCAUACAUAAAAGAUGUAUCAGUUGAUACAGUAGGUACUGGCAUCAUGGGUAAAAUGGGUAACAAAGGAGGAGUAGCAGUAAGCUGCUCUAUUCAUAAUACAUCUAUUUGUUUUGUUAAUGCCCACCUAGCAGCACAUUGUGAAGAAUAUGAAAGGCGAAAUCAAGAUUAUGCAGAUAUAUGUACGCGAUUAUCUUUCUCAAAAUAUGUUCUACCUAAAAGUUUUAAAGAUCACGACCAGAUCUAUUGGUUAGGGGAUCUAAAUUAUCGAAUAACAGAAAUGGACGUUGUCACUGCUAAACAAUAUAUUGAUGCGAGAGACUACGCUCCUAUCUUAGCUUUAGAUCAAUUAGGUCAACAACGACGAUUAGGCCGUGUCUUACAAGGAUUUCAUGAAGCAGAAAUUAAAUUUAAACCAACAUAUAAAUAUGAUCCAGGCACUGAUAAUUGGGAUUCGAGUGAGAAGGGCAGAGCACCAGCAUGGUGUGAUCGUGUAUUAUGGAAAGGUGAAGCUAUUACAUCAAUUGAUUACAGAAGUCAUCCUGAAUUAAAAAUUUCUGAUCAUAAACCAGUUAGCGCACUUUUUGAUUCUCAGAUCAGAAUUAUAGAUAUGGCAAAGUAUCGUAAAAUUCAUGAAGAAGUUAUGAAAAAGCUUGAUAAAUUAGAAAACGAAUUCCUACCACAAGUAAUGGUUGACACAACAGAUAUCAUAUUUGAUACUUUAAAAUUUCUCGAACCUAGUAGUAAAGAACUUAUUAUUGCCAACACUGGCCAGGUACCAGUUCAAUUUGAGUUUAUAAAAAAAUUAGGUGAAACUAGUUACUGUAAAGAUUGGUUGGACAUAGAACCGUUUAAAGGUUUCAUCAAACCAGGAGAGAAGUGUGAUACUAGGUUCGAAAUAUAUGUUGACAAAAGAUCAGCUUGCAAAUUAAAUUCCGGAGAUGAUAAGUUGUACGAUAUUUUAAUUUUACAUCUUGAAGGGGGAAAGGAUAUAUUCAUAACCGUUACUGGUACUUAUGAAAGAAGUUGUUUUGGAUCUUCAAUGGAAGCUUUGGUUCACAUUCCAGUACCAAUAAGAGAAAUUCCUAUCGGCAGAUUAAUGGAACUCGAAAAUAAUAAAAAUCUUUCUCAAGAACCAUAUGCUAUACCUAAAGAGGUAUGGUUAUUAGUUGAUAGAUUGUAUCGACAUGGUAUAAAAACAACGGGACUUUUCGAAACACCGGGACUUCACAGUGAAAUUAUAGCCAUAAGAGAUUGGUUGGACAAUUGGAGUCAAGAUCCAAUGCCUGCAACAAAUUACUUACAGUGCAAACAAAUUGUAAUGCAACUUCCAGAAAUAAGGAGAACAGUUUUUGUUUAUAUAUGUUAUUUUUUACAAGAAUUACUAAAUCAUACUCAAGACAAUGAAUUGGAUGCUAAAACACUUGCAACAUUAUUUGGAUCUAUUUUCUUAAGGGAUCCACCAAGAAGUAAAGGUGAUAGAAAGAUGAGAAGUCGUACUCAAAUUGUUCAGGCAACAAUUGACAAAAAAAAAGCUGCAUUUGUAUAUCACUUUUUAGUGAAUGAUCAAAGCGAUUUUAUUCUUGGUCGAUAG